CUGAAGAGUCCACUCGGACAUCCGUCGCAGGAACGUGGAUCUCGACACGCUGACGCCAGUAAACUUCUCCCCGCAUCUAAUGCCGCUCUGAGUCCUCCACGCACAAUGGCACACCAUCUGAAGGACAAAGAGGCCUACCAAAGACUGAACUACCUGUACCAGGCGGCCCACUGUGUCAUUGCUCAGAAUCCAGACAACGUGGAGCUGGCUCGGUUCUACUGCUUCACACAGAAAACAAUAGCAAGGCGGCUGGUUCUCAGACAAGACCCCUCAGUGAAGAGAACUUUAUGCAAGAGGUGCUGCUCGUUGCUCAUACCCGGUGUCACCGCCACGACAAGACAGCGCAGAAAACACAAAAAGACUCGCUUCACCGUGGUGAGGUGUCUGAGCUGCGGCCAGACCAAGACUCUACUGAAUGACCCGGAUCAUCGCCUGUGGACGGACCGACCCGAGGCGCAGCUGGAGCAGCACAAACAACCCGAUCCAGCCUCGUCAGCGAAAAAUCAGCCUAAGGAGGCGAAGGCUCACGGGUCACGGCCUUCUAAACCACGCGAUGCUGGGAGCUCUGCCGCAACAUAACAGAAGAUCUCAUUUAUUUGUAGAAAACAUGUUUUUGAUAAAUCCAAUGGAUGAGGAUGUUUUUUUUUUUUUUUUAUAUAUUCAUUUAAUUUAUUUGACUGAAUACAUGUUGCAGAUUCUUCAAUUGUUUGCAAAAUUAAGAAUGUAGACACCAAAAUGAAGCAAUGGCUUUUUUUAUUAUUAUUCCAAAUAUUACACACAUGCUCCUAUUACUUAUGAGUUAAAGUAAACCAGAUAUUACUAGAAACCA